ACGACCAGCUAGCUUGCUUCAAAUCUUAAGUAAUGGCGCUAACAAAAGUUGCUCUCUUCCUUGCCCUCAACAUUGGUCUCAUUGCUAUUGUGCAUGGUAACCCUCCAAUGGUUCUUGCACCACCUUUGGUGCCUACCCCACCUGUUGCACCGGCGCCGUCGAUUGGUGGUUCCUGCCCAAUCAACCCACUAAAGAUAACUGUGUGCAGCAAUGUGUUGUUGCUACUCAAGCUCCGGAUCAAUGUGCCGGAGACCGAGCAAUGUUGCCCACUGCUUAGUGGGUUGGCUGAUCUAGAUGCCGCAGUCUGUGUUUGCACUGCCAUCAAGGCCAACCUCCUUGGCCUCAUCCCCGUCGACAUUCCCGUCGACCUGACCCUCCUACUCAACCAUUGUAACAAGACAUAUCCCUCUACUUUCACCUGCUCACCAUGAGCCAUGAUCAACUAUACCUCUCCAAAGCAUACUCAUAAUUGCCAUGCAUGUGAGGCAUACCCAUCUAUGCCAGCUCAUUAAUAAAUUUAUGUUUAGAUUCUAUAUUUAGAUUUCGAGUUAUGUUUGUGUGUUUGACAUAAGUGUAUCAUGCAUGUUAUGUAAUCAAAAUUAUCAAGAUGGAGCUUGUCUCAUUGAAGAUAUUCCCUACAACAUAU